AGGAAUUCUACGUCACUGAUGAAGUGGCAAUGAUGGAGGCUAGUCCGGAAUCAACAGCGAGUUCACUGCUGAAAUCUGAGUGCUACACCGAUUUCCUGAAAGAGGAUUUUGAUGUGAAGACGUACACAGCUCAAGCCAUUCAUCAUGCUGUCAUUGCAGAGCAGCUGGCGAAGCUGGCAGAGGGCAUCAGUCAGCUGGACAAAGAGCUGCACAGCCAGGUUGUGGCCAGACAUGAAGAUCUGCUAGCUCAGGCAACCGGGUUCGAAUCUCUCGAAGGUGUCUUACAAAUGAUGCAGACCAGGAUCGCAGCUCUCCAGAGUGCUGUGGACAGGAUAAGAACUAAAAUCGUUGACCCUUAUAAUAAGAUUGUGACGCGGACAGCCCAGCUCGCCCGCUUACAGGUGGCGUGUGACCUGUUGAGGAGGAUUAUUCGUAUCCUGUACCUGAGCAAGCGACUGCAGGGGCAGCUGCAGGGGGGCAGCAGAGAGAUCACGAAAGCUGCCCAGAGCCUCAACGAGCUGGGUGAGUGACCUACCACAGCCUUUUCC